AUGCCUUCCUCUCCCAUUUCCCCGAGACAGCACCGCAGACAACCACCGAGCAUCGACCUGUCCCCGACGUCUCCAGGCACAUUCACGACGAAUUCGAACGGCAUAUACUCGCCGCAGAUAGCGAGAGGCUCUCUUCCACAAUCUCCAGUGACUCCGCGACAACGGCACCGCAUGUCUAUCGACAGGACGUCUCGGUACUCUGCCGAUUUCACCAAUGAUAUCGACUGCCGGAAUGGCGAGGCCAGUCCCAUCCUGGAUGGGGGACUUGGUAGCCUGGCUGAUGAGCUUGCAGACGCCUGGGGCGAUGAUGUCGACGAUAUGGCCGGUCUACAGGAAGAAGGGGAAGAUGGCGAUGAAUAUGAAGACGACGAUAUUGGUUCUCCGGCGAACGGCAUGCGGAACGGCCAUCACAACGCAGUGAAUGGAGAAUUUAUUGAGUCGAUACAUGAUCUGGGCAUUGGAAUGGGAUCCAAGGGCUCAAGGAGGCAGGACGGUUCGGAGUCUGAAUGCGAAGGAGGCCUGCGCGUGUCGAAACCGCGACCGAAGUCGAUGAUGAACAAUGCACAACGACACCGCAGGUACGAGUCGUCUCUUUACGAUGGUUCGGAGUACGGACCAGACUCAGAUAUCGAAGAGUGUGCAGAUAUAUCACCUGCUCUAGAGGCGCGGAUGGCUGGAAUCGAGCAGCUUGCGCGGUUUGGAAACAGUGAAGCCGAACAUCAGAGCAACGAAGUCAUGCUGCGUGUUAUCCAUGGCCUGAGAGAUCUAGGCGGGCAGAGUGAGGUUGAAAGCGGUGCCUCCAGGCUCAUUACCGCACACGCUUCUCUAACCUCCCAUCUAACACACCAAACCCGCUCUCUACAAACGCUCACCCACCCUCUCCUAUUCUCACACUUCCCCGUCCUCUCCGCCGACGCCAUAGAUGGACUCAUCCCCCUGAUAGAAGACGUCCUACCAAACCUCCCUUUCCCCGUGCAAUCCAACCCAUCAGCCCCGACAUCUACCGCCAUAUCACACGAAUUCUCUCCUUCCCAAUGUUCUACCACAAGCUCAGUCUCAAACAAUGCUGCUACAAACCCACUUCUCUCCCUACAGGCUCUCCUUACUCAAACAUCCGACCUCACACAUACCCUCCGCACGCUCAGUGAUACGCUGCACGAAUCCCGCCAAUUGACAUCCGCGGCGUCUAGGCGGCUCAAGUCAGUACGUGAGCUUGUGUCUGAGAUCCGACGGGAUGAAGAAGCGCGUGAAGAAGGGACGGCCUGGAUUGAGCAAGGAGAGUGGGACAAGCGGCUUAGAGAGCGGGAAGCGGGUAGGGUAUGUGGUGAUGUCGUCAGCGGCUUCGAGGCUGUUUGCGGAGAGUGGAGAGACAGAUUGUUUGGUACGGAAGUGGUUGUUACAUAG